AUGGGCACCAAGAACCUGUCCCUGCUCUUCGCGCCCAGCCUCUUCCAGACCGACGGCAAAGGGGAGCACGAGGUCAAGGUGAUGGAGGACCUGAUUGAGAACUACGCCCACGUUUUCAACAUAGAGGAGGAGCAGGUGUUGCAGAUGGAGCUGGAGAACAGUCUCAUCACCACGUGGCGGGACGUGCAGGUGCUGGCGCGACAGCGGCCCCUGCACCCCAAGGAGAGGGUCUUGGAGCAGGCUCUGCAGUGGUGCAAGCUGCCGGAGCCCAGCUCCGCCUACCUGCUGGUGAGGAAGGUUCCCAUUGGAGAAGGCAGCUGUCUCUUCACAGGGGCCAAGCGCCAGAGCCCCAAGUGCGGGGUGCUGAAGUGCCGAGAGGAGCCCCCCAAGCUCCUGGGCUGCAAGUUUCAGGAGCGAUACUUCGUCAUCCAGGAGCACAAGCUGCUGCUGCUGAAGGAGAAAAGG